AUGAGGGAGAUCAACGUCUCGUUUGAUACUGCUACUCUGUCAUCUUCACCAAAUUUUGGCUACACUUGGCCAUUCUGUUUCCCAUUCCAUCUGCCUUCCCUCUCUGUGUCUGUUUGUGUAUGGUAUGCCAACUAUCCCCGUUCUUGGUUCUUGGUGCUAAUAUGCUUCUUGCUCCACGAGAUCCAACACACGUACCCUCUCACGAGGGCCCAAAAACACCGCUUCGCGCAGGCCGUCACGCGCCUGCACUCGACGACCUUUUUGACGCCGUCGCUGUUUGUCAACGUCAGCUUCCACCGUCUCUCUGCAGAAUCCACCUCCAUCUCCAACUUCAAAUCCAACCCGCUCUCUUCCGAAUCAUCGGCGAGUGAUGCCAACGGCGCCAGUGCCAACACCAAUGCCAACGAUAAUGAGGACGACGAAGAAAACACGUACUUCCUCGCCGGCGAGCCCGUGGCGCACAACCGCGCGGGCCCGAACAGGAUCCUCGCCAUGGUGCGCACGUCGGCGUCCCGCACCAAAGCCGUCUUUGACGAUCUGGCCGAGAAGAUCGAGGCCGAGUGGUACGCUGUCGUCGGCUCCGAUGCCACCGGCUCGGGCGACAAAGCGACGGCGACGGCGAAGAAGAUGCACUUUAUCGUCUUCUACCCCAUGAUCGCGGCGCGGGAGAACGGCGUGACCAUUCCGGAUGCCGGCUCCGAAUCGACGUGGCUGCGCUCAAACAUGCCCUUUUUCAAGACCCAGGCCCACGAGCACGACGACGACAAUUUCCGCAAAAUGCUCGACGAGAUCGAGCGGCGGGAUGAUCUGAGGAAACUCAUCGAGUGA